AUGAAGAAUGAGAUCUUGCUGUGCCAGUAUUUCAUAGAACGUAAAAAACGUACCUGUGGAAUGAUGAGAAAGAAGAAUAUGAAAUAUUGUGUAGAACAUUCGAAACUUGAUCCUCAAGAAGCCAAGGAAAAUUUGAAAAAAAGAAUACCAUGUCCGUUGGACCCAAAUCAUACCAUUUAUGAGUACCAAUUGAACAAGCAUGUGAAAAAAUGUAACAAAAAUAAAUUAAUUCAUUCUAACGAUAAUCAAUGUUAUUAUUUACAAGAUCUUAACUUGGGUAAUAAAGAGAAUCGGUUUAAUAAGAAAGACAUUUCUCUAGAGAGAGAACAUGAAUUGAUUAUUGCUACCAUCCCAAUCUUAAAAGCUUAUUUAGAUCAAAAUUUACAUCCAAAUUGUAAUGGGGUUUGGAAAUUGGAUAAAAGAGAAAAUCAAUUCAUGAUCGAUAAUAGAUAUGUCCAAUUAGAAAAUGAAAAAACCAGAAAGCACGCCAUUCAGCAGUCUUCUUUGAUUCAAAAUAUGUUGGAUCGUGGUAUUCUUCAAUCAGAGAAUCUAUUGUCUUUUGGAUUAAUUGAGUUUGGUUGUGGUAGAGCAGAAUUCACAAGAUAUAUUCACGAUUCUCUUGUGAACAAUAAGCCUCCAUCGGGAAAGCAGCAUUGUAUAUUAAUUGAUAGAGCUCCUAAUAGAAAUAAAUUCGAUAGUAAAUUGAUACAUAUGCAAAAGGAUCGUCUACGAAUAGAUAUCAAGGAUUUAAAAGUGAAUCCUUUGUUACAUGACAAUUUGCCUUAUACUUCAGUUUCAAAACAUUUAUGUGGAGUUGCUACAGAUUUGACUUUGCGUUGUUUAUUGGUAAAUAAUAACAGUGUCAACCCAAAUGGGAUUUGUAUCGCAAUGUGUUGUAGGCACAUUUGUAACCCUGACGAUUAUAUCAAUCCAGAUUUUAUUAUUGAAAAAGUAUUAUCAUUACAAAAAGAUGAACAAAGGAAAUUAUCCUAUAAUGAAUUAUUUUUUGCUCUAACAAAAAUUGUAUCUUGGGCUACUUCUGGUAAGCGUAAUAACGAAGAUGAAACUACACAUUUCACAGACCUUGGUUAUGAGGAAAGAGAAGAAAUAGGAUUGAUUGCAAGAGGUAUUAUAGAUUAUGGUCGUUUCUUAUUUGUGAAGAGUAUUCUAGACAAUACACACAAUGUAGAAUUGAUCAGAUACGUGGAGAAGUCGGUUUCUUUAGAGAAUACUGCUUUGCUAGUCUCCAAGAAAUAA